GGAGGACGCGUUUCGUUAUAGUAGUUAAGUACUCUUCGCUUGCCGUAGUCGCGUGCGCUGCUCGUUACUUUGUUUCUGUUGGAGGGAGUUUUGGAGCAUGUUUCUCAUGUGAGGACUAAAUCAUGGCGCAAAGUUUUCAAAACGUUACUCUUUCACUGACUUUACCGAUAUCCUGUCAGAUUUGCCUCGGAAAGGUCCGUCAGCCGGUCAUUUGUUGCAACAACCAUGUGUUCUGCUCCAAUUGCAUCAAAGUGUGGCUGGAGAAGAGCAGUAAGUGUCCCACCUGUAGAGUGGCCAUCACCCCAGAAAACCCCUGCAGAGAAAUCAUUGGAGCCACAACUGACUUUGAGUCCAGUGAGAGUGAUUCUGUGAAGAGACGCCUCCGAAAGACUCGAGGGGAGCUGCUUUUAAGAGAAUACGAGGAUGAAAUCGAAACCCUUUUGAAAGAGAACGAGGACUUGAAAAGCAAAAACCUGAGCCUUGAGAUGCAACUUAAGACGGCAGUGGAACCGAGCACGGUCUUGGUUCCUCAGAGUGAAACCAAUACUGUCGACUCGAGCGCUCUGGAGGAAUCAGCCAAUAAGCUGAGAGCUGCCAAUGACCUCUACAGGAAGGUCAAACAGGACCUCGAAAGGCUAAAAGAAGCUAACAAAACUUUGCGGUCCCAAAUUUUUGACUUAAUCCAGGAAAAUAUGCGCCUGAAAGCCGAAGUGGACAGCAGAUCUCCUCAAAAAUUUGGCAGGUAUACAGUCGCAGCUCUUGAGGCUAAAAUUCAUCAGUAUGAGCGGGACGUGGCACAGCUGAAAAGAGCUCUGGAGCGCAGUGAUAAAUACAUCGAAGAGCUUGAAGCCCAGAACCAGAGGGACGGCCCUAAGUCUGAAGAAGGUGUUUGUUCAAGCGCUGCCUCUGGAGGGAUUCAAAACGGAGGGAUUGAAAGAAUCGCCCUGAUGCGAAGGAGCCUGAGUGAAAUGGAAGAAACUUCUGUUUGCACAGACCUGGACCGAAAGUGUUCAGAGCUUCCCAACAACCAUGGGCGCCUCCUGACAACAUCUGAUGUGUGCCAAAGGGUAGGUUUUCUAGGAGGGCCCUUGACUCCACAGAACGAUGGACUCAAAGACAUUACGGUUCCCUCUACGCCCUCCUCGGCUCUCAGAUCUCUGAGCUUGAAGAGUCCUGCUGCGGUUUGUAGCGACCGAAAGUUAGGUCUCAAACCUCUCACUUACCUGAGAAGACUCAGUUUUGAUGAUUGCCAGGGCCCAACCAGCUCAUCCUCAGUCAACCAAAGCCCAGGAUCCUUCCAAGUCAACAAAGGUGCUCCUUUUGGUGAGAAAACCACUGUGAAUUUGAACAAAGAGGUCUUGUGUGGAGGCUGGAUGGACUGCGGACCUGAUCUUCCCCGUUUGGAUGAAAAUAGAGAGGAGUUCAAGCGCUCCGAGGACCCUGUGGGUAACAGCGAAGCUUGUAUGGAUGCAGCGUACUUGGACAAGAUCUCUGAGCUGGACUCUAUGAUGGCUGAAGGUGAGAGCUCCAGCAGUCAGGUCUCUCACCUUCCUCUGGCAUCAUCAUCAUCAUCAUCAUCAUCUUCAUCACAAUCGCCAGACUUUGAUGCCACCCAAAUUCCAGAUCUGGAUUUCUGUAGCAACCUCUUGGCUGAUCCUGGAACAGCAAGAGAGCACCAAACUGCAUCUUUGACUCAGGAGACCACCCAUUGUGAUGCUGCUACUGCUUCUGAGGAAGAGGCUUCAGUUGUUGAGUUCAGUGACCGAGCUGGAGUUAUGGUGGAAAAUCCCACACAGCCCACCAAGCGCAAGUGUCCCCCAGGAUUGACCAUCUCCAGUCCAUCGAAACUCUCAAAACUAAAGUAGAAGCAGAAGCAUCUCAAGUAUUUUCCAGCAUGGUCUCCAUUUUGAUCUAAUUCAGUGGGUUUACUUCUCAGUGACUUUUUAGGGGUUCAACGAGAUUUAACAGCCUUUCUUUUCCAUCAGGGCUUUUUAUUACGAAAUUGCUUCACUGUUUAUUAUUAUGACAGCAGUGUGUGCUGGAUGAUGUUACUGUAUGUUAUAAAAACCGUUUCAGUAUCCUGAGGGGAUAAGGUGUUAACAUUAUGCUUUUCUCUUGAAAUUAAACAGAUUUUUUUUCCUAUGGAAUUUCAAUGCUUUUGUGGUUGUACAGAAUUAUGUGGCAUCUGAAUAAUUCUGUAUUUGAACUCUGGAAACAAUAAAUGAUAUU